AUGGUUGUUCUCACUUGUCGUCAAUGGAGCAGUGAUGAUAUUGCUUUUGAUGAUGAUGAUGAUAGUUUUCCUAACAAAAUAUAUUCCCUUAAAGAUGAUAUUAAGCUGUUAACCAUGCUCGUGCGUCUUUGUGCCCAUCUCUCUAUUCACUCACCUAUCAAUCCUCAUUUAUUUAAAUUCUUUUCUUUUCCCUUCAUUCCUUCUCCUCCAGCCAUGUCAUCCACCCGUAGCAUAUACUGUCACAUGUCUUCACGUUUCUUCUUAUAUACUCUCUCUCUCUCUCUCUCUCUCUCUCAUACUCUUAAUAUUUCUUUCCUCUCUUAUUUUCUCGUUCUCUUUUAUAUCUAUUUUCCGAAAUUCUUUACUAUAAUUCUUUGUUUUCCUUUUUCAUCUCUUUCGUCGCCUUUCUCCCUCUUCGUCUUUUUAGUGACAUGUUUAAUUCUUUCAUUUUAA